UCUCUCUUUCUACUCACUUUCUCUCUCUACAUGGGCUCUCUGUUUCUGCUUCACAUUCAGAGGGGCUCACAGCCACCAGUUUCAGACAAAAAAAAACAAUAAACCCUAGCAAAACCCCCUUAUCAAAACGGCUACUUAUAUUCGUAACCCAAGCAUCAAGCUUGGAAGACUCGUAGAGGUCAUGGCUAUGGGGGUUUCUACUCAAACCACCCACUUUAAACCCUUCUCCUGCUUUUUCCCUCCUCUUUUCUGGGUUUCAAGUUCGACUGUGUCUUCUCGCUCCUUUUGGACUUCCUCCAGAAAAACUCUUCACAGAAAAGUCUUUCACAGGCAAGGAGACUGUGCACUUCACAAUGUUGCUGGUUCAUUAUCUAAUAUGGUUGUGUUUAGUAUUUCUUUUCAUUUUAAACAAGGUUCAAGUUAUAAUACCAUGUCAUUUGAUGAAAAAUAUAGGCAAGAUGACAUGGAACUUUAUCUUCCGUCUGCUCAAUUGAAGUUUGUGGUUCCUGUGCGGGCAAGCUACGCUUCUAAUUCAUUUGCUCGGAUGCUUCCGGAUCUCCCAAAUCAGAUUAAUUCUAAAGGAAACUCCUUCUCUGGGGGUUUUGGUAGUCCACAAAGGCUGGAGGAAGAGAAGAAACAAGGAGAUUAUCAGAGAGCAAGUGCUUCAAGUGCUGCUGGAAUACUGUGGCUUGAUGAGAAGAACAAAUUGUUUGAGGAGAAAAAAAAAUUAAGGAACAUGGGGAUGGCAGGUUGCAGUAAUAGUGAGAAUAGUUGUAGAUGUAAUGGAAGUGCAUCUGGUGGAACUACUGGAACGAUUGCGCAAAGUGAGCUGGAGGCUUUGCGAGAUGGCAGUGCUUAUGUUCCUGCACAAUAUUUUGAAGAUUCUUGCUUUGUGGAGGAUGACAAUACCAGCAGAGAAAUAGCUUUUCAAAGCCCAUUUGGCCAAGGAUACAUAGGUGAUGACCAAAUUAACCUACCAGUUCAUAGUCCAGCACAAAAACCCAACAAUGAGUGUAAUGUCAAGAGUGAACGAAACACAAGCUUCGUGCCUGGCUUGAUUAAUGAGGAUCUUGCUUCAUGUAUGCCAACUUAUGUUGAAGUGAGUAUUUCAGACAAUAACAAGCAGCUUACUAAAUCAUCCUCCAAACAAUAUUCAAGGAACAGUGCACAAUCUAAUGUUGGGAAUGGAGCUUUAAGAAGCUCAACGGUACAAAGGCAAUUGGUUAAUCCAAUAGUUCCACGAAUUUCUCCGCCUCCAUAUGAACCCGUUAGUCAGCAACAAAAAUAUUCUGGAAAUGGUAAAGGGCAUGAUAGUAUGACCAAGGGUCGUGUUUUACCUCAUUAUCUGAAGGAACAAGAUUUGUCUUUGGCGCAAACAUCCCCAAAAGAUAUCCAGCCUAAGGGUUCAUCAUCAGGGGAGUUCUUAAAGGAAGUGAAGGAAAUAAAUUCUAAACAACUUAAUGGCUCCACCAGUGAUGCACUCCAAAAAGAUCCAGCAGAUGGAAAUGUUGUAGGUGAAACCAGUAUUAAGCCAAUAACAGUUCACCAGCCCGAUCCUCGUAAGAGGGUUCUUCGCAUUUAUGACAAGGUUCUUGUAGUUGAUAAUAUCUCCAUGGCAAGGAAAAUUGUCAGAAUGCUUACAAAUCAGUACAGGCAUUGCGUCCAUGCAUGUGAUACAGAGGUGGCAAAUAUUGAUGUCAAGCAGGAGACACCUGUUAACCAUGGAGAAAUAAUAUGCUUCAGUAUUUAUCCUGGACCAGAAGCAAAUUUUGGUGAUGGAAAAUCUUGCAUCUGGGUAGAUGUUCUUGAUGGCGGCAGCAAGGAUCUUUUGGUUGAAUUUGCACCAUUUUUUGAAGAUCCAUCCAUAAAAAAGGUUUGGCACAACUAUAGCUUUGAUAAACAUGUUAUAGAGAACUACGGGUUUAAAGUGUCUGGUUUCCAUGCUGACACGAUGCAUAUGGCUCGAUUAUGGGAUUCUUCAAGACGAACAGAGGGUGGGUAUUCUCUAGAAGCUCUUUCAGGUGACCCAAAGGUGUGCUGUGAUACAAAUUCGAUUGGUAAAAUAUCAAUGAAAACCAUCUUUGGCAGGAAAAAGGUGAAAAAAGAUGGAUCUGAUGGAAAACUUAUCACCAUUCCCCCCGUUGAAGAGCUUCAAAGAGAAGAGCGGAAACCAUGGAUUUGUUAUUCUGCCUUGGAUUCAAUGAGCACACUAAAUCUCUAUGAGAGCUUGAAAAGCAAACUAUCACGAAGGGAAUGGAAACUUGGUGGAAAUAAACAAGGAUCAAUGUUUGACUUUUAUGAGAAAUACUGGCGCCCAUUUGGUGAGCUUCUUGUAGAAUUGGAAACUGAUGGGAUGCUGGUUGAUCGAGCCUAUCUUGCUGAGAUGGAGAAAGUGGCUCGAGCAGAGCAGCAGAUUGCUGCUAAUAGAUUUCGCAGUUGGGCAUCUAAGUAUUGUCCAGAAGCUAAGUACAUGAAUGUAGGAAGUGAUGCACAGUUACGCCAGCUUUUUUUUGGUGGAAUUCAAAACAGAAAGGACACAAAUGAGUUCCUUCCAGAGCAGAGGGAGUUUAAAAUUCCCAAUGUUGAGAAAGUAAUUGAAGAAGGCAAGAAGACUCCCACAAAAUUUCGUAAUAUUAAACUGCAUAGCCUAGUUUCUGGGAUAGAAGCUGAGAUUUACACUGCAAGUGGUUGGCCCUCUGUUAGUGGGGAUGCUUUGAAGACCCUUGCAGGGAAGGUUUCCGCAGAAUUUGAUUUUACGGAUGACUCUCAGUCAGAUGACAACAUCAUAAAUUUGCCUGAAACCAAGCUCUCAAAGGCAAAGGUUGGAGCUGUUAGUGAUGGCUCAGAAUCUGCCUAUGGUACAGCUUAUGCUGCAUUUGGAGGGGGGCAAAAUGGGAAGGAGGCAUGCCAUGCCAUUGCUGCUUUAUGUGAAGUUUGCUCUAUUGACUCUUUGAUAUCCAACUUCAUUCUCCCCUUGCAGGGCAGUCAUAUAUCAGGCAAGAAUGGGCGUAUCCAUUGUUCGCUAAAUAUCAACACGGAAACUGGGCGUUUAUCAGCUAGAAGACCAAAUUUGCAGAAUCAACCUGCUCUGGAAAAAGAUCGCUAUAAGAUCCGCCAGGCAUUUAUUGCCAUGCCAGGAAACUCCCUUAUCGUUGCUGAUUACGGACAGCUGGAACUUAGGAUUCUUGCACAUCUUGCCAACUGUAAGAGUAUGUUGGAUGCCUUCAGAGCUGGUGGGGACUUCCAUUCAAGGACUGCAAUGAAUAUGUAUCCACACAUUCGUGAAGCUGUCGAACAAAAGCGUGUGCUUCUUGAGUGGCAUCCUCAACCUGGUGAAGAAAAGCCCCCAGUUCCUCUAUUAAAGGAUGCUUUUGGUUCUGAAAGAAGGAAAGCAAAGAUGCUCAAUUUUUCCAUUGCUUAUGGAAAAACUCCAGUGGGUCUUGCCCGUGAUUGGAAGGUUUCUGUCAAGGAAGCAAAAGAAACAGUCAAUCGCUGGUACAAUGGGAGAAAAGAAGUUCGAGAUUGGCAGGAAGAACGCAAGAAGGAAGCUCGACAAACAAGAUGUGUUCACACAUUGCUAGGACGAGCCCGCCGGUUCCCUUCAAUGGAUCAUGCUACACCCUCUCAAAAAGGUCACAUUGAACGAGCUGCCAUCAACACCCCAGUCCAGGGUAGCGCUGCUGAUGUUGCCAUGUGUGCCAUGUUAGAAAUAUCAAGGAAUUCACGUUUGAAGGAGCUUGGAUGGAGGUUGCUUUUACAGGUUCAUGAUGAAGUAAUCCUUGAAGGACCAACAGAGUCUGCUGAGGACGCCAAGAUCGUCGUCGUCGAGUGCAUGUCUAAACCCUUUGACGGAAAGAACAUUCUUAACGUUGGCCUUUCUGUUGAUGCCAAAUGUGCUCAAAACUGGUAUUCAGCCAAGUAAAUAGUCGGCACAAUUCCCAGAACAGUCGAAUUUUGUCUCCCCACCCCUAGCAGCAGUGCAACGUGUGCACGGUGUGUCAAGCUUCCCACUGCGCAGCAGGUGUUUCAAUGGUACCUUGCACCUGGUGCAACAAUUGUGUGUUUCCAUAAGAGAAAUGGUUCUUAUAUUCAUGCUGACUUGGAAUUUCAAUUUUGUCCAUGUGGUAGUCAUGAUUUGGCUAGGGUUUGGGUUAGUAGUACAAAUAUUGGCUGCUUCGGUGAUUUUUUGUAAUACAUUUGAAAAAAUGAGACUAUGGGAGUGAUGCAUCGAUGUAUAUAGAAGUUUCUUACUAUUUUGCAAGGGAUUUUGUAUUCCCUUUGAUAUUGGAUUCCAUUGUUUUCUUGCAGAUACUAGGGCUUGUAUAUAUUUCAGCAUUAUUCUGAUUUCUGUUUCUUUAA